CUCAGCUCAUAACUGGAGAGUAGGCCACAGGAGACCCGCUCAGCGGCCGCUUCUGAAUGCCCAGGCCAGCGAUGCUGCUGCUGUUGGUGUCAGUGGUCGCAGCGUUGGCGCUCGCGGCACCGGCCCCAGGAACACUGAAGAAAAGGCUGCCAGUAGCCCAGGCACCCAACGUGGUGCUGGUCGCCAGUGACUCCUUCGAUGGAAGACUAACGUUUCAACCAGGAAGUCAGGUAGUAAAACUUCCCUUCAUUAACUUCAUGAGAGCACAUGGCACCACCUUCUUAAAUGCCUACACUAACUCUCCCAUCUGCUGUCCGUCGCGUGCAGCAAUGUGGAGUGGCCUCUUCACUCACUUAACAGAAUCUUGGAAUAAUUUUAAGGGUCUGGAUCCAAAUUAUACAACAUGGAUGGACGUCAUGGAGAUGCAUGGCUAUCAGACACAGACAUUUGGAAAACUAGACUAUACUUCAGGACAUCAUUCCAUUAGUAACCGUGUAGAAGCAUGGACAAGAGAAGUUGAGUUCUUGCUCCGACAAGAAGGCAGGCCCAUGGUUAAUCUUAUCCCUGAUAAGUACAGAAGGAGAGUGAUGGGCAAGGACUGGCAGAGCACAGACAAAGCAAUCGACUGGCUAAAGCAGGUUAACAACACCAAACCAUUUGUCCUUUACUUGGGAUUGAAUUUGCCACACCCUUACCCUUCACCAUCUUCAGGAGAAAAUUUUGGUGCUUCUACAUUUCACACUUCUCUUUACUGGCUGGAAAAGGUAGCUUAUGAUGCAAUCAAAAUCCCAAAGUGGUUGGCUUUGUCACAAAUGCACCCUGUGGAUUAUUAUUCCUCCUAUGCAAAAAACUGCACUGGAAAGUUUACUGAAAAUGAAAUUAAGAACAUUAGAGCAUUUUAUUAUGCUAUGUGUGCUGAGACAGAUGCCAUGCUAGGUAAGAUUAUUUUGGCUCUUCGAAAGUUAGAUCUUCUUCAGAAAACUAUUGUUAUAUAUACUUCAGACCAUGGAGAGAUGGCUAUGGAACACCGCCAGUUCUAUAAAAUGAGUAUGUAUGAAGCUAGUGCCCAUGUUCCUUUUUUGAUGAUGGGACCAGGAAUUAAGGCCAACCUACAAGUACCAACUGUUGUUUCUCUUGUGGAUAUUUACCCUACUAUGCUUGACAUUGCUGGGAUUGCUCUGCCUCGAAACGUGAGUGGAUACUCAUUGUUGACACUGUCAUCAAAUACAUCUGCAAAUGAACAGGCAUUCAAAGUCCACCAUCCACCUUGGAUUCUGAGUGAAUUCCACGGAUGCAAUGCAAAUGCUUCCACCUACAUGCUACGGACUGGCCAUUGGAAGUACAUAGCCUACUCUGAUGGUGCCUCGGUGCAGCCUCAGCUCUUCGAUCUUUCCUUGGAUCCAGAUGAGCUAACAAACAUUGCUACAGAAUUUCCAGAAAUUACUUAUUCUUUGGACCAGAAGCUUCGUUCUAUUAUAAACUACCCUAAAGUGUCUGCUUCUGUCCAUCGAUAUAAUAAAGAGCAGUUUACCAUGUGGAAACAAAGCAUAGGGCAAAAUUACUCAAAUGUUAUAGCACACCUUAGGUGGCAUCAAGACUGGCAAAAAGAUCCAAGGAAGCAUGAAAAUGCGAUCCGACGGUGGCUCGCAGCCCACAGCAGUCCACCAGUGGCUCGCAGCCCACAGCAGUCCACCAGUGGCUCGCAGCCCACUCUUCUCCAGGAACAGUAAACAAUAGUAAAACUUUCUAAAGCUAUAUAUGAAUGUGUUGGUAAGUAUUAAACUGAAAGUCUUAGCAAUUGCCAAUUUACUUACUUUCAAAAUAUUUACUAUAUCUUAAGUGCCAAUGACCACAGAACGCAUAUUUUCAAAACUAGUUAUAGUAAGUCCUUAUUGUUGCAGACCUCUGACAGUUUAACAUCAGAAGUUAGAAGCAAGCAUUCUCGUUGUUUCCCUGGAUAAUACAGAAUAUGAAAUAUUUUAAAAACCAUCAGUUAUUAUUUAUAAAGCAUGAUGUUUCAUGACUUACUAGGUUUUUGAUGAAAUUCUUUGGAUGUAUUUGAUGUGUUAGAACUAUUUAAUGGGACAUAGAUUCUGGAUAUAGUUGAUUUUAUUUUGUUGUUGUUGUUGUUUAGAAAAAGAAAAGAGAAUAUGAAGCUCCCUUCCUUUCUUGGUCAGCUCCCUCCAAAGGGCAACCACAAUCACCUUGCUUGUAUCCUUUUGUGGGCAAGCUAUACAUUAGCCACCAACCAAAUGAACAUAUUCUUUACAUAUACAUGCAGGCAUACACACAAUUGAUAAUGUGCUAUAUAGUGUUUCUUCUGGCAUAUUGUGUUCUGGCUGUUAUUUUCUAGUUCCAAUUAACAAUAGAUGCUGAGAAGUAAACUUGCUGAGCCAGAAUCUAUAAAAGUUUCUGUAGAUUUUCCCAAGUUGCUUCUAGCAGUUGGCAUUCCCACCAAAUAUUUUAUUUUUAUUUAUUGUGAGUACUGACAUUUUUUCAUAGAUCUAAUAACCACUAGAAUUUGCAUCAGAAUGACUUUCCCUGUGUCUGUUGACCAUUUUCUCUAUAGGUUGUUAGCAUUGUUUUUCUGUUACACGCAUGCUUUUAGAUAUUAGCCUUUCGAAAAGCAAAAGAGAAAAGAAGGACUAGAGACAUUGUUCUGUGGUUCAGAGCACUUGCUUCAUCAUAGGACUAAGAUCCAAUUAUUGGCACCCACACAGUGGCUCACAAUUUGCCUAUAACCCUAAUUCAGGGGAGCCAAUGCUAUUUUCUGGCCUCCAACUGAGCCUGGCAAACAUGUAGUGCACAGACUAAAUUAAGGCAAGACACUCAUUCACAUAAAAUUUUAAAAAUAGUGAACAAAUCUUUUUUUAAAUACUGGAAAUAAUAUUUUUCUAGUUUGUCUUUUGAUAUUGACCUGGAGGAAAUUUGUAUUUUCUUAUAACAUAUUGAUAAAUCUUUGUACAAAAUAAAUGUUAUGAUUUCUUAAAUUAAAAUAUUCUUUAAAAUGUUUUAAAUCUUUAUUUUGUGGCUUUAAGAAUUUGUGUCCUGUUUAGAAUGCUCUUCUCUCUGAUGUUCAUAAAGUUUUGUUUAUAAGUUUUAGCCCUUAGAUCCAUGUAGAAUAUUUUACAUAUUAAAGAUCUAACUUUAGUUUACA